UCGGGAGCGGGGCCGGUUCUAUGGUGGCUGCGCUGGCGGCGGGCCACAGACACAGCUGCCUGGGGCUGAGGUGGUAGAUGGUAGCGAAAGUCGGAGGGAGAGGAGAGUGAUGAAUGGACCAGCGAGACUUGCGCACUUGGGCCGUCGCGAGCGAGUUCUCAAGUUAGGCGAGAGUUUCGAGAAGCAGCCGCGCUACGCCUUCCACACUGUACGCUAUGAUUUCAAACCUGCUUCUAUUGACACUUCUUGUGAAGGACACCUUGAAGUUGGCAAAGGUGAACAGGUGACAAUAACUCUGCCAAAUAUAGAAUACCUGUUGAUGACCAUCCCUGCUCCUAACUCUGCCCAGCUUUUGGGUUCAACUACACCAGUAACUGUUUUCAAAGGUUCAAAGAAGCCUUACUUAAAAGAGUGCAUUUUGAUUAUUAACCAUGAUACUGGAGAAUGUCGACUAGAAAAACUAAGCAGCAACAUCACUGUAAAAAAAACAAGAGUUGAAAGAAGCAGUAAAAUUCACCAUCAUGUAGAACAGCAGCAACAAAUACAAAAUUCAACUAGGAUUCCCAGUCUUAUAAAGCAUUCUCCAUCUGAAGACAAGAUAGCCCCAACAUCGCUAAUGGAUGACAUUGAAAGAGAACUAAAGGCAGAAGCUAGUCUAAUGGACCAGAUGAGUAGUUGCGAUAGUUCAUCAAAUUCCACAAGUUCAUCAUCAUCAAGUAGUGAAGAUAGUUCUAGUGAAUCAGAUGAUGAAGAGGGCAGGUCUUCUAAUCCAGGGAAUUGUAUCUCAGGGCGUCCUACCAUGUCUGCCAUACCACAGUCCAGGACUUCUGAUACAGAUGCUGGUCGUGAGAGAUUUCAUGACAACAGUGGCUUUCUGAUGAAUACUCUACGUAAUGAUUUGCAGCUGAGUGACUCAGGAAGUGACAGUGAUGACUGAAGAAAUAUUUAUCUAUAAAUAUAACUUUUACAAGGCAUGUGUUUAUUUUGUAUUAAAAUAAAGACUCCUAAGAGUAAGGAAAAUAUGAUACUUUUGAUGAUAAAAGAAAUUAAAUUUGAUUGAAACUUUAAAA